ACAACGGCCAAGUCGAUCCCAAACUCGCGACAACAAGACUAAUCCCAGAUCCUGGAGUCCCUCAGACUUCGAGCGAUCGACUGACUGUCGGCCAUGCCGUCCUUCUACAACCAUCUGCUAGCCCUAACGUUCCGCCAAAAGGAUGGGGCGCCCAAGCCCGCUUCACCGCCGCUAUCUCCCUCCGUAGUCACCCUCGCUGGCCUACCCACGGAGAUUUUGCACAGCAUCGCCCAUCGCCUGCCGAUCAGCUCUGCAGCCGUGUUGCCCCUUGUCAACAAGCAUUUCCUCCAUAUCUACGGAAUGCAGGCUUGGGAAUCCCUGAAGCAUGACAUCACUCAGCGGAGAGUCUUCCUUUACCUUCUCGAGCGAGAUCUCCCUGACUACUACGCCGAUUUGCAGCUGACCAAGAAGAUUCCCGCCUCCUCUCCAUCCAACUACGUGAAGGACUCUAGGCAGCACUAUCCAUCGACCGGAAGGGGCUUUUUCCUCAAUUACGAUCGCUUCGGAUAUGCUGUCGUAUGGCCACACGUUGUUCUAGCUUUGAAGCGCAAUGCUUACGGCGGCCAUCAUGGCAUCCCUCUGGAGGCCUUCACGUACGAAACCACGCGACGAUAUACACCGAAGCCAUGGUAUCGAAAUUUCGAGGAAUACGUCCAAUGGGGUCAGCUCGCUUCGUAUGGUCAGCCAGUUCAAUUCGGCACUCUCGCUCGUAUCGUCUCCGGCCAUCUGCUCCUGCGGUGUACGUAUAGGGUGUUUGAGAAGAGGGUACAUGUCCAUGUUCAGACGCUGAAGGGUAUGUAGCUGUUGCGCGUUUUGUCUCCAUGCGCAGCAGGCCUGCAGGAGUCAUUUGUAAUAGUCGUCCACGUGGUUACUGCAAAACUACUCGUAGAGGCCUUUAGGAGAGCAAACGCAUUGAUGCUAAUAUUUCCACCUAUGCAGCGCUCGGCCUCGAAGUGUGCAAUCACCUCAGCACGAC